AUGGACGCAAAGGAUAUCCUCGGCCUCCCCAAGAAUUCCAUCUCCUCAGCACCUCAGGAGAAGCGGCCUCGCCCACCGAAGGAGUCCCAGAGGAAGCCCGAUGGCGUCUCCAGGGAGGUACUCAUCCCACUCGUAACCUCCGCUUCCUUUCCGUCUGUCUCGGUCUGUUUGUCUCUCUCAUUUCCUUCCCUCUCUCUCUCUCUCUCUCUCUCUCCCGGCCUCACGUUCACCCCCAUUCUCCCUUCAUUUUGGGUGAACUCCGAGUUAACUAACUUUAUAUCGGGGCAUCUAGGUUUAUGCGCUCACGGGAGGGAUGGCGCCGCCGCUCAUGCCCGCCAUAGAUGUUUCGCUCUUGAAAAGGAAGCAGCAGCAAGCCGAAGAGAAGGUAGGCAUCUGUUAACCUGAGUAAGUGGCCAAAUUCGUCUCUCUGAAUGCUUCGAGGGAGUGGCGAGAGAUCGGAGACUAGGGUUACUGACCAUGGUCCUACUGUAACUGUUUGAAUUUCGAGGGUAAGAUGGGCUUUAUUUUCAGUUUAGUAGUUCAUUUGGGGUCAAAUUAGUUUUUAGGAAGCGCGUAACGGAAUUUACGUAAUGGCUCCAGCCUUUUGAGAGGGGGUGAAAUAUUUUGUAGCAGAUCGUAUUUUAUCACAGUUGCAUGAGCAUGUAUGUUUGUUCGCUUUGAAUUCAUCAUUUUCCCUAGUAGGGAGCAAAGGGAUGAAAAUUAGGACUCCAGAAGGGGUUAUCUUUGAAGAGUGAUUAGGAAAAAAAUCUGGAGCUGGAUUGGACUCUUCGACCUUAGGCCUUUGAAGAAAUGUCUUCUGGUUUCCGUGGCCGACAUCAAAGGCUCUUCUUUCAGGAAGUAAAUCCUCUGGUUUUAUGUCUCUCCAAAUAGGCGAAAAGUCUUGUUGAUAUCUUUUUACUAGCCAACAUUUGCGUUUCUUUCGAGAUUUUUUUCUCUACCAACCACCCCAUUUAAAUGUGGACUCAUGGAUCGUCAUCCCAUUGCGACUGUAAGGAUCCGAUCAUUGACGAUUGAUUCAUAGAUGUUAAGUAUUUCCAUACGUCAGCCAAAUAAUAUUCAACUAAUCUUCUUAUUUCUAAUGAAUUUCAUUCAGUCACAUACUAGGAGAAUUUUGAGGGUUGCAUUCAGAUGAAUUAAUUCCAUCACGCUCUACAAUAUUCUUCAUCAUAAGUGCAAAUUAAGUAUUUUCCCAUGAAGGCACCAUUUUGUCUUUUGUUCAUCUUCAACCUCUUAUUUCUACUUCUUGCUGAAUACAUUUUUUUUCAUUUUGGUUUCCACGAAAUCUCUUUUAUAUCGAAGAUUCUAUCCUGACUCUCCCAAUGAUUCCGCCCCGUUUUGUGGUUCUCCAUUUAUCAUUUGAUAUCAACUGUACAUGGAGGAAUUUUGUCGCUACAGUGGAUUUGAAACCCAUAAACCUUUUCAGAGUCUUAAAGACUUCUCAGCCUCAGAAAAAAACUACAUUGAGCUCUCGAAGAUAUCGAUUCUGGCACAAUAUUUGUCCUUGGAUAAAAACUGGAGAAUUCACAAGAUGGUCGUUUUUGUUUCUGUUUUAACGAUUUUCUAUCUCUUAAUGGAGGCUACAAUUUGUUUCCAUCUUCAAGCCUCCAAAUCCACUUCUCUAACGAAUUUUUUUAUCUUAAAGUUCCUUAUGGGUCUACUUAAAUCUUUCCAGGCAGAUGAGAGGUUUCUUUUGCAGAAAUGUAACCUUUGUUCUAUUCUUCCCAUCUGAGAGUGGCAUCUGUGAAAGCAGAUAUAGCAGAGAGGAGUAAAAGAAUGUCAUGGAUGAAGAAUGGAAAAGAAAAGAGAAAGAUAACUUAUGACUGCUGAUGGCAACUCUCCCCUCUUCUUCACCAUUUUCUGUCCUUGCACUGGUACUGUUCAGUGCAUGCGAAUAGAAGAAGUGCAACUUACUUUCUCAGAGAAGAACCUGUAUGCUAAUGGAUAUGAUCUUCAAGCUUAUUUCAUAACCUGGUGUAUUAUAACUUUGAUGUACUCGAGCUUAUUCUUCGAUUAGAAUAGCUGGAAUGCAAAUUUUUCUUUUGAACUCGGGAAUGCAAGAUUCAGUUAACUGGUUUCUACAGCUCGAAGAUCAAGUUCCUGUGAUGUAUCUAGUUUUCACAAUCUGCAUAACAACUAUUUCAAUUAAUGUUCGACAUAAAAUUUUAAACCCAUAUUAUUGGAAAUUGGUCAUUUCUGAUCCCAGUUGGUUGAUUUGAUUGCAGUUAGCCCUGGCUAACCUGACUUGUCUCCCCCUCGUAGUAGACAAAGACAUAAAAUUGUUGCAGUUGUAUUAAGUACUCAUUUAGCCAUUGAGUUAGGAAUCUUGAUAGGUCAGCCUCACCUUAUCUGAUUAAGUUAAAGGUUUUGAUUAUUUUGCCCUUAUAGUUAUAAACAUUAUGCACCUUGAAUAUCAACAUAGCUAAAAUGGAAAACUUUAUCAGGGAACUUUGAUGAUUCGGAUGACCCAAAACCACUGUUUCUGUGCAGCCAUAAAUGAUAUGAUGGAUAAAUAAUAAGCCAGUUAAUAAUUUAAAAUCGUUUUACUUUUCAGAAGCCUUGGCCUGACUAAUUGUGAGUAGGUAUCAUAGGGAAUAAUUACAUACUUCACCCGAAGUAUUUUUCGCCCGUUCAUAAAUAACGUGACGAACAUGACAUAAACCAUUCAGUACAUGGUGUUUAGAUAAAGGAUGUAUUAUUUUUCCAGAAGCCCAGCUGUCGCUAGUCAUUAAGUGGUUAGAUGGGGAACUAAUUGUGUACAUUCUCUAAGUUAUAGAAUUUCUGUUUCUUUUAUUAACGUUGAAAUUGACAGAGUUAUACUCAUCCUUGUAAAUUUUUCCCGCAUUCAAACAUGCUAACAAUCUGAUUAUGAAUGCACAGGUAACAUGGCAGUGGCUACCUUUUACCUCCUCUGCUCGAGCAGAUAAUCUACAGCUUUAUCAUUGGGUAUGUUUUGGAUUUGCUUCCAUUACAUGAUGAAUUCCAGUUUCACUCUGUUCAUAUUGUAUGGUGGUUGCUUGUUCAUUGAUGUUGAUGCAACAAUGUUCAGGUUCGUGUUGUAAAUGGGGUUCCUCCAAGUGGUGAUUAUUCUUUUGCCAAGUUUAACAAGGUUGACAUUACUUCAGUGCAUAUUUUAUCUUGUAAUAUUAUUUCAAUAUGUGCUUUACUGUGGUCUAAUAAAUCCUCCCUAUCCCUAAUCUUAUUUUCCUGAACUUUAUGACUUUUAGACGUGUAAAUUUUCAAUAUGCUUUAUCUGCAGUCUGUCGAUAUACUCAAGUACACAGACGAGGAGUAUGAGAAGUUUUUGACUGAUCCUGUAGGUACAGUUCCCUUAUUGAUUUAAAUCUGUCGUUUUCUGUUUGCUGAAUUCCUCUUAAUUAUAGUAUAUACAUGAUUCUUGAUAUUUUUAUUCUACUGUUGAUAACCUUGUGAAAAUCAUUUUCCAAAUAUCUUCUUCCACUUUUGCUUUCUAUCAAUCUAUUGUGCUUCUGUUGAAGAUUGAUCUAAAGUGAGCUGUCUUGUUGGAGCUCAUUGAGGCUGCAGGAUGAAAAAUCAUGCAAGCAGAAGGUGACGUCUAUUGGGAAUCUAAAAAAUUAUGACAUUCAAUAUUGUUAAAAUUCAGUGUCAAAGUAAGGGAUGUAGAGCGACCUUCUCUUUUCCUGAACAUUAGAUGUAUCUUUUUCUGUACAAUAUAAUCUAUGCGCAAUGGAACGGUAUGCAUCCUCCCCCACUAUCCUUUUCAUGAAAACAAUUGUUGAGUAAUAAAGAAAACAACCGGAACUUUCAAUACCACAACCUAUCCCUUAGAAAAAAAAAGAGAUUGACGUAUACUAUGUUAUCUGGUUUAUGUUGUCUUUUUUUGGUGUGAUUUCAGAUUUUAAUAGUACGGUUAAGUCUUUGAAUAUCUUGAUCUUCUCUCUUGUGAAAGUUUAACUUUGAUACUGGUUUAGACAUGGACCAAGGAAGAAACAGAUCAAUUGUUUGACUUAUGUGAGCGGUUCGAUCUCCGGUUUAUAGUAAUAGCUGAUCGGUUUCCACAUAUGCGAAGCGUUGAAGAAUUGAAGAAUCGUUACUAUGCUGGUACUGUACCGAUCCUUAUUUGUCUUCCGCUGUUUUUUAUGCACUCUAGGCUAAUCCUGACGUCCUGGUAAAUCAUUCAGCUACCUUGCUAUCGCAGCUAUAUUUUUGGAUAAAAUGCAUGUCUAGACAAUGGUUCCAAGAAAAUUCAGAUAACCUGGGUUUUACAGAUAUGCCCUUGCUGAUUGGAGAUGUGUGUUGAUCGUGGUUAUUUACUACACGCAGAAGUUUCAAAACCACCGUCCUAAUUAUCUGUUUCCGCUUACAGUUUCCAGGGCUCUUCUGAUCUCCAGGGCACGAUCUCCCGGAGAUGUUUCUGGCCAUCCACUUGUCAAGGUAUGUGUUUUCAAUUCGGAUUAUUUACGAUUUUGGUUCUAGUCUUAUUUGACCCAUGAUUCUGGGUAUGUCAGCCUCUUCGAUUAAACUGUUAGAUGAUGCUCAUUUUCUUCCCUAAUAUUCUUCUUAGGAACCCUAUAUUGCAGCAAUUGAAGUCGAGCGGAAGCGUGCAUUGGGUUCCUUGCUAUCUCAGACAAAACAACUGGAGCACAGAGAUGCUGAGGUCUGCACCACACGCACACACGCACGCACAUAAAUUUAUAUUUAGUGAUGAUUUUUUGGAUUAUUUACCAUUUAGAGGAUUAUUAUUUAUUCUCUCUUUAGUGACAAGGUUUUUUUUAUUAUGUAUUUCUCCCUAACUCCAGAUUAUUGCUGAAGCUAAAAGAAUAGCAGAGUCAUGGCUGAAUAAUAAGGUUGGUAGGCUUUGUGCAUAUGUGGCAUUGAUGUCCAUUUUGGAUCUUUUUCUCGACUGUAAUGAUCGAUCAUGUAAUUUCUGGGAUUUCUGCAUAGUGGCCAGAUCCUCUAUUUCUUUUAAUUAAUGUUUGAUGAUCCUUUUUUGUCCUUUUUUUAUCCUUUCCCAUUUAAACUAUUUCCUGGGCACAAUUUAUAAUUUCUGUUCCUUGAUUUCAAGGCUGCUGAUGGAGCGGAGCCAGUCAGUGCUGCUUUUGAUUCCGAAGGCGUCAGUAAGGUCAAUGCAUUGGCUGAAUCUGGCACUCCUGGCGUUCUACCCGCGCCUGGAGCUGCUGCUGCUGCUCCAAUUGGCGCAGCAGAUGGCGCAUCGACUCCGUCAUCUCUUCGGAUGGUAGGCCAUGAAAAACAUCUCUGUCAACACUGCGCUGAUGAUUCUGAAUUUAAGCAUUCAUUCCUGAGCUUCCCAGAAAUAGAAUGAUGCAUCCUGCGUUUUCAACGCCUUAAUCCCUUCUAUUUAUCUCGAACCUUUCAGCUUGGGGUGUACUUGAGGACGAACGUACUGGACCAGAUGGUGCAGGCGGCGAACUCAUCAGCUGGACUGAGGACCAUCAAAAGGGUUGACCAGACAUUGCAGGAUCUUGGGGUUUGUGCCGUUCCUUCCCUUCAAGAUUAUGGCUCACUAAAAAUAUUGCGCUGACUUUUGUUGGAAUUAUCGCGUGGAAAAUGCUGCCAUUGGUUUUUGAUAAUCUGUGGUCUUGAGCGCUGGAUGCUGGGGCUUGGAAGCUCUGAAGAUUGAAUCCUUGGGAUCAAUCAUUUGAGCUUUCUUCUCAUGCUCAGUGUGAAAACAUUAUGAUUCCUGUAAAUAAUAUAUCAUUACCUUCAUAAGAAAAUCCACGACGCAUUCAUUUCUCCGGUUCUUUUCAGGUCAACAUCAAGCCGAAGGUCCCCACCAAAUCAGUCUGUGCCGAGCAUCUUGAGCUUCGGAAAGAGAUUCUCACCUUGCUGGGUCUGCAGAAACAGGUUUUUUUCUUUGACGGGUUUCGCUUAUUAUUAUUAUUUAAUUAGUUUAAUGGGCUUAUUUUGUAUAGUUUUUCCCCUCUUAACUUUGGCUAAUUUUUAUUUUCUUCUGUCAUCAGUUGCAGUACAAAGAAUCAGAAGUAUCCGGGAACCGUGACAGCCAUGCCGAGAUUCCGAGCACUCCCAAGGCAAGUGAUGAUGGCCUCAGAUUUCCGUGUUCUCGAUAUUCCGAGCUCAUCUGAUUUUGGAAGUCUGCGUUGACAUCAUCGGAUUCCUCUGACCCGUGAUUCUGAACAGCGUUCUCACCGCGCCGAUCAAGACAAGGCAUUCGUCCCCGAGUCCGCCGGUUUCGGAGGUAUUGCGAUGAAGGCUCAGGCCGAUGAUUGUGUUCUCAUUGUUCGAAGCAAGGAUCAUCUCUUCAUUACAUUUUCAUUCCUGAUGAUUUUCAGGGGAGAGGCCUGGGAAACGCGACAACAGGCGGAAGGUAGGGUUUCUCUCUCUCUCUCUCUCUCUCUCUCUCUCUCUCUCUCAUAUUCUGACGGGGGGAAACGUGGUGCAAGGUGGCUGGGAGAUUCGCGGAGGCACCGCCAUCGCCGCCUCAGUCGAAGAGGCCGAGGAAAUUGAAGAUAUCCGACGGAUGA